UACUACGGUGUCUCGUGUCGGUCAUUUCCCUAUUGUUAGGCGUUUUCAAAAUUCGUAAUUUCCUUUUUCUCAAUGACGAUGGGUGAUAUGAUAUAUGAAGAACUGGAGGAUUUAAUGCAUUUUUCAGUCCACGAUUUACCAGGUCGUGGAUAUGCUGUUAUGGAGGAGAUCAGAAGACAAGGAAAACUCUGCGAUGUCACCCUGAAGGUUGGAGACCACAAGUUCAGCGCUCAUAGGAUUGUUCUGGCCGCCUCCAUCCCUUACUUCCAUGCCAUGUUUACGAAUGACAUGGUAGAGUGCAAGCAAGAUGAGAUUGUAAUGCAAGGGAUGGACCCUAGUGCACUUGAAGCUUUGAUUAAUUUUGCGUAUAAUGGCCAUGUGGCCAUCGACCAGCAGAACGUCCAGUCCCUGCUGAUUGGAGCCAGCUUUUUGCAGCUGCAGAAUGUCAAGGAUGCCUGCUGCUCCUUCCUCCAGGAAAGACUUCACCCUAAGAACUGUCUGGGCGUGCGACAGUUUGCAGAGACCAUGAUGUGCACAACACUGUACGACGCGGCCAACAGUUUUGUCCACCAGCACUUUGUGGAGGUGUCCGUGUCUGAGGAGUUCCUCAGUCUCAGGCCAGAGGAAAUACUGGAGCUGGUUGGCUGUGACGAGCUCAACAUCAAAGCGGAGGAGCAGGUGUUUGAAGCAGUUCUUGCGUGGGUGCGGCAUGAACGUGAGGAGCGGGAACCUCGGCUCCCCGAAUUGCUCUCCAAGACCCGUCUGCCCCUUUGUCGACCCCAGUUCUUGGCAGACCGCGUUCAACAGGACGAGCUGGUGCGCUUUUGCCACAAAUGCAGGGAUCUUGUUGAUGAAGCGAAGGAUUUCCACCUCAUGCCAGAGCGCCGUCCUCACCUGCCUGCUUUUAAGACUCGACAAAGAUGCUGUACUUCAAUCGCAGGGCUAAUAUAUGCAGUCGGUGGACUAAAUAGUGCAGGUGACUCAUUGAAUGUAGUUGAAGUAUUUGACCCAAUUGGAAAUUGCUGGGAACGCUGUCAGCCAAUGAGUACAGCGCGAAGUCGAGUGGGUGUGGCAGUUGUCAAUGGGUUACUUUACGCAAUCGGUGGAUAUGAUGGACAGUCACGGCUAAGCACAGUGGAGGUCUAUAACCCAGAAACGGAUACUUGGACAUGUGUUGCAAGCAUGAACAGUCAACGCAGUGCAAUGGGAACAGUGGUGGUGGACGGCCAUAUAUAUGUGUGCGGGGGCUAUGAUGGCAAAUCCUCUCUCAACUCAGUAGAGUGCUACUCUCCAGAAGCCAACAGGUUCUGUACAUUUCCUAUGUGAUUACUUUACUUUGACUCCCUGAAUUCCAAGUCAACCUAGACCAGAGGGUAUACUACGUACCUGGUUUGAGGAGUUAGUGAGGUAACUUUGGUCAACUUGGGAUAACCGGUACCAUGAAAGUGGCUCACCUUUUAGCCAGGGACAUUUCUAUGGCAACAAAUGCUUCAGAACUAACCUACUCCGGGGCUCCAUUUAUCCUGAAUGAUUUCUGAGCCGCGAGUUGAUGACCAAUUAAAUCAGAUUCCCUCCCUCUCGCAAACAUUGCGUCAUUAUCCCCUUCAUUUGAGGAAGACGCUCGUUUAAAUAUUUUAUUAAUGAAAUAUUUUCUGUGUUAAUAAAUUGUAAUUCAAAUACCUAUCACAUCACAUAUUAAGUAAUGACAGUAUGCAUUUGAAAGUUCACACGCAGUAAUACUUUUGUAUGACGUUCUAAAAUGAUGUGAUCUAUAGGAGUGGGGAAAAAGGUGCUGUGUGCAUUGAUAAGUACAUUUUAAUAGGCCUCCAUUUGAGUGUCACUGACCCUUACUCCCUUUGUACUUCUGGAGAUCUGUGAGGAUUGGAUAGGUGUCUGCAAUACUGCAACAAUUCCCUGUUGAAGGACAAGAUGGAGCUACUACCACAUUUGACCCAAGGCUUUGACCCUUGAUUGACAAUGGUGGACAGUAAUGACAGAGAUGAGUGCAAGUCGCAGUGCAGCUGGGGUCACUGUUUUUGAUGGAAGGAUUUUUGUAUCUGGUGGUC